GGUGGUUACUGCAUGGUUAGGUCGUACUAUGUGUUCAUUGUUCAUAUUUCAUAUAGGUUGUCACUUGACACUUGUCUUGUCUUGUCUUGUUGUCGAACAGCUGCUUUGAUAUCAAAGUCUGUUGGUAUAAUAAUUAUAAUAAUAGUAAUAGUACUGUAAUAGGAUAAUGACACUAAUAAAUAAUAACAAUGGCCAUGACAUGUUGACAAUAAUGUCACACGUCAACAGGAUUGUAAUAAACAAUAAUCAAUAAUGUGUACCAGUAUCCUGUAUUCAUAUCUGUGUAAGUGUAACGUUCCAACCAAGGCCGAAUACGGGUCAUAGUAAAUUAAUUAUGGUGGGUCCCCCGCCACCGCCUUUUAUUUGGCUAGCCUAUGUCUUCGAACUGCCUCGUUUAAUGGUGUAUGUACUAGGUAAUCUUAGUUAAAUCAACCGUUCGAUGGAAGGUAUAGAUGUGGAGUUUACAGAUGUGUCCCUAACGGUCAACGUGUGGGACCCUCUGGCGACGAAGACGUUAAGGCCAGAAAAAAAAACUGUUUUAAACAAUGUCAGUGGCUCAUUCCAUAAAAAUCAAGUAGGGGCUAUACUUGGAUGUUCUGGAUCUGGAAAAUCAACUCUUAUGAAUAUUUUAUCUGGUUACAUGUCAAGUGGUUAUCAAGGAGCAGUAACUUUAAAUGGAGUAAAGCGAGAUCUGCUAUCAUUUAGGAAUGUUUCAAGCUAUAUCAUGCAAGAGGAUAGCUUGCAAUUAUAUUUAACUGUUCAAGAAUCUAUGGAAAUUGCCAUGAAGCUUAAACAUUCAAUCUCUAAAUUAGAUGUUCAAAAAAGAAUCUCAAUAGACAAUUUACUUCAUAAUUUACUUUUACAUGACAAACGAGACUCAUUGGUUUAUAAUUUAUCUGGUGGCGAAUGUAGGAGACUGACCAUUGCUUUAGAAUUAGUUCGCAGCCCAAAAGUGAUGUUUUUUGACGAGCCCACAACAGGACUAGAUAUAGUAUCUGCAAAUAAUGUUGUUAAGAUCAUGAGAAAAUUGGCUGACUCUGGAAAAACCAUAAUAUGCACUAUACAUCAAGCUUCAGCUUCUCAUUUGACAAAUUUUGACACGGUUUAUGUACUUACACCUUCAGGACAAUGCAUGUAUAAUGGAAAAUCAUCACAAAUAAUUGAUUAUUUUUCUCAACUCGGAUAUCAAUGUCCUCCAUAUCACAAUCCUGCUGAUUAUGUGAUUGAAUUGAGUUUGGGCGAAUAUGGAAUACCUGUUAAUACAAUGAUUGAGCUUGCUGGAGAACAAAACAAGAACAACCGACACAUAAUUGACCAAAAUGUUAACUGUGUACCUGUAAUUUAUAGUCGUGAAUAUUCUUCAAAUUAUUUUCCUGAGCUUUGUAUACUUAUCCACAGAACUUUACUAACUACUUUUAGAGAUCAUUUUCUAGUUAAAGUAAGACUUUUUGUCCACUUCUUGCUGGGGAGCAUGUUUGGAAUUGUGUACAUUGGACUUGGAAAGAGUGCUAUGCACGUACGUGACAAUGCAGUAUUACUAUUUUUCUGUGUAAUGUUUAUGACUUACAUAGCAGCGUUUACCAUGUCUAUAAAAUUUCCUUUAGAGCUGUCAGUGAUGAGAAAAGAAUAUUUUAACAGAUGGUAUUCAUUAAGUUCUUAUUACAUUUCUGUCACACUUGUGGAUUUACCAGUACAAAUUUUUUGUACCUUUUUGUUUUGUUCAUUAAUAUACUUGUUAUCUGGUCAACCUUUUAUACUCUUUAGGAUUUCAAUGUUUCUUUUGAUAUUUAUUGUAACCGGACUUAUGUCACAAGCAAUUGGAAUGCUUGUCAGUACUCUAUGUAAAGGAUUUGUUAUUAAUACUGUUGUUGUUGCAUUGAUAUUAAUGUUUUGGACCACUUAUGCAGGUGGCAUGAUAAGAAUAUCAGAUACUCCUAAAGUAUAUCGAUGGUUAUACGAUGUAUCAUUUAUGAAACAUUCUGUGCAAGGUGUUCUACACGCAGUUUAUGGUUAUGAUCGCUCUGUAUUGCCUUGUCCAGUUAUGUUUUGUCCAUUUGGUUCACCAAAAGUAAUGCUUAAAACAAUUGAUAUGGGUGAAAAUUUGUACUGGAUAAACGUCAGCUUUAUCACUAGUAUUUAUGUUGUAUUAAAAGUAUGUGCUUUUAUUGCCCUAAAGUAUAAGUUGUCUUCUACUUAAAUCAAAUGCCAAUCAAAAGAAAUAAUUUCUAAUGGAAUAUGAGAUCUGAAAAUUCAACAUGAUUCAAUAUUAGUAAACAUUUUUGAUUUUAAAAGUUUGAUGAAUAUUUCAUUUAACUUUCAUUUUUAAAAUUUAAUUUUACUAUCAAUAGAUUAAUAAUUAUACAUAUACUCUGUCUAAUGAUUGAACAUACUAAUUCUGUGUAUCUCCACGCGACAUCCUGCCAAUGUGAAACCGGUCGCAAUGGAAGGGUGUUAUGGACAGAAUAAUCUGUUUUAAUCAGGCUUUAAUAUUGUGUUCUCUUGUUGUACAGAGUAUAUAUAUAUAUAUAAUAUAUUGUACUUUUGUUAUGUAAUAAUUGAUUGACCUUAUCCUAAUAGAUGAGAAUAAGAAUUUUUACAAGACUAAGUACCGAUAUGACCAUGAAUAACUAUACUCUAUUCAAAAUGGGAUCCUGACUCGGUGGCCAACUUGUGCUCAUGGGCGUGGCUUUACUACACAGCAGGCGUACAGAUAGUAAGUUGACAAACAGGUGUUGUCUGACCCUCGCUCGACAAAAACUGGUCACUGCCGAGUCACAAUCUCAUUUUGAACAGAGUAUAUAAUAUUUAAAUAGUUGACUAUUUGAGUUAUAAUAUCAUAUUUAACAAUUACCAGACAAUAUAAUUUUAAAGUAAUAUUUGAGGUUUAAGGCAUUCUUUUGUAACUUAUUAUAAUAUUGUAUUGUAGUGUAAUAUAUCAUUUUUUUAUAAUUCA